AUGGCGUCCAGUACUCGAACAGUCGCCCAACGAAGAGUUUACGGGAAGCGAAAGAACAAUGCGCCUAGAUCUGUUUUCGAGGACAAAAGCCCCGCGAGGGAUUCAAUUUGCCCCCCAGUUAUCAACGAUACGGUCGAGGCUAUCCAGACGAAACUGGCCGAAAUAGCCAUCAGUAAUGACCCGGUACCGAACGAACAAGACCCCGGUGGAAAAGUAUAUAAUGAGACAAACAAAGGGGGAGGGACCGUGGGGACAAUCCCGGAUGUACAGGAUAAAUGCGCCGUGUCAGCCUCUACCUCACAACAGCACGAAUAUCUCUCGACCAAAGCAACCGAGUUGAGCAUGGAGCCAGAACCGACAAAGCAAUACGAGACGAUGCUUGAAGUCAGGAUCUGCUCGCAGCCCAAAAACCCAAGCCCCGUGAAGGGAGAACCAGCCCCGUCAGUUCAAAGAACGGCUCGAAAGAGGAUCCCAGCAGCACGCAGAUCCUCAGGGAUAAUCCACGACAGCAAGGCAAACGCCUACGUCCGACCAAUCCUCAACGAAGCAUUAUCACCGAUCGCAUCUCAAGGUAUCCAGAAGUUUGGCACAUGGGCAUCGCGAUCAGCGAACAUGUUCCAUGUUGCCAAGUUGGCAGAAGGAUCCUACGGAGAGGUCUACAAGCUCCACCUGCGGGAGGCAGAGAAUCGGCCCGUGGUGUCAAAAUCCAAGCUGGCAAAGCUGAAGGCUUAUGGAGAUGGGGUGUUUAAGGUGGUGCCCCUGCGUGCGCAGAGUGGACCUGGAUCCAAAAAAUUCACAACCAUCGACGAAAUCGCUGCUGAGGUCAAGAUGCUCAAGUAUCUUGACCCCAUUCCUGGGUUUGCUCGCUUUAGGGAGAUUCAUGUGGUACAGGGCCGCUUCCCACCUGCUUUCCAGCAUGCAUGGGAUCAUUAUAAAGAGACGAAAGACGACUGUCUGAACCCGAAUCCGGCCAGCAAGAAGGCAUACCCAGAUACACAACUAUGGGCAAUUAUCGAAAUGGAUGAUGCAGGGUGUGAGCUGGAGAAGUUCCCUUGGUGCUCUAUUUUCCAAAUUUACGAUAUCUUCUGGGGGGUUGCGAUGUCUUUGGCUCGCGCGGAGGAGUAUUCCAUGUUCGAGCAUCGAGAUCUCCAUCUUGGUAAUGUCUGUAUUCGCUCUACUAAGCCAGACGGCUGUAUGAACCCACCCACAGAUCUUGAAAUCGCACGCCGGUCGUCGUCAAGCGGGUUCGGCUUCAGUUCUCUUGAGACUACAAUCAUCGACUAUUCUCUCUCCCGUGCCAACCUCCUUCUCGGGGAUCUGCCAGAGAAUUCUGAAGGGGUUUAUGAGAUUGCUUCUUCCGACUUGGACAAGAAGCAGAUCUUUGAUGCGAUUGGUCAGGACGAGGACGACGCCCUGUUGCGAGACACGUAUAGAUAUAUGCGCGCCACUGUCUACACUGGCAUUCCCACACAAACGGAGAAGACUCCCGACGUUCGUGGGAUUUGGGCGGAAUACGCACCUCGAACGAACUUAGUAUGGCUUCUCUUUAUCCUCAAGAACCUACUCAAAAACCGCAAGCCCGAACCCUCGCAGCCACCACCACAGACAACGCGCAAAGCUCUUGCCCCAUGCUCACCAAACAAGUCCAUGGAGCGAGUGCCCACCUUAGGAAAAUCAAAUAAGGCGAAAUAUUCUGGCGAGGCUGGCACAUUGAUGAAAGAGCGACAAACAAAAGAUCUGCAGGCCCAUGUUGCUGGACUUCGUCAGACCCUUGAGGAUAGACUAAAAGCUGUGCUUGAACUGCUAGAUUUGGAGCACGGGCAUGAGGAUAUGUGCUGUGCAGCAGAUUUGGUUGCGUACGCAAUGGACUCGCAGUGGCUGGCGGAGGAAGACUUUUUUAAUGCAUAG